AUGGUUUCUCUGGGUGUUCACCAUUCAUACGGAUUUGUCGGCUUGGGCGCCAUGGGCUACUGGGCGAGUGGUAGCAGCACAUUGAGCAUGGCCAAGAAUCUCCGGGCCAAAUCGUCCCCAACGAUCAAGCUGUACGUUUACGACAUUGCAUCGACGAGGGCGGACCAGCUUGCGGCAGAAUCUGAGCCUGCCAACGGCCACAUCGUCAAGUGCAUGAGCGUAGCAGAAGUGGUCCAAAACUCUGAUGUGAUUUUCACCAUUGUUCCGGAAGGAAAGCACGUCCUGCAAGUAUUCUCGCAGACCAACAACGGGGCCUUGUCGGUUACAGACAUUUCCGGCAAACUGUUUAUUGAUUGCAGCACCAUCGACGUAUCCACCUCACAGACUGUUGCCAGGGCUGUUGCCGAACGGGGAGCAGACUUCUUCGACGCCCCAGUCUCUGGUGGGACUGUGGGGGCCCUUGAAGGCACUAUCACUUUCAUGCUCGGCACAUCCCCUGAUCAUCCUCGUCACAAUGAGAUUCUCCCGAUUCUACAAACCAUGGGAAACAAGGUCUUUGCUUGCGGUGCACCCACCCUCGGUUUGGCCGCCAAGCUGUGCAACAACUACAUUUCAGGCAACAUUGCCAUCGCUACUGCCGAAGGCAUGAACCUGGGCAUGAAGUUGGGUCUCAACCCGAAGACCCUCUCCGACGUGGUCGCCGUCAGCACUGGAGGUAGCUGGGUGAACCAGAGUUGCAACCCCGUUCCCGGUGUCGUUCCCAAGGCGCCGGCGUCAAACAACUACGAGCCUGGAUUCAAGGUGGAGCUUAUGCUGAAAGACUACAACCUCGCGGUUUGA